CACCGGUUGAUGAGCAGCUUGCAACUCAUUCAAGAUCUCAUAUAGCGAGCAAUACCAAGUCUAAGAGGCGCAGACAGGGACAAAAGAAUCGAUUCGUUUAGUCCAGUGAAUAAUAAUCUCACUUCGCAUCUGUAGUAAGUUAGUGGUUUAGGCUGUCGGUCCGCCUCUGUGGGUGGCCGAUCGCUAAUAUCUGCAUCAGCGCCGAAUUCCAGCACCGAGCAUCGCCUCAGCACCAUGAGCCAGAGGUUCACAGUGAGCGCUUCAUCCAGGAGUGACGGCGAGCUGGGAGAAAUCAACCAGCUGUUUGAAGGGGACGAGCCCAAUCCGAGCUCCUCGGACAAAGAAGGCGCCUCGGAUCUCGUAGAAGACCCGGUGAAAGGAGAUGGAAAUCCCAAGGAGAGCAGUCCUUUCAUCAACAGCAGUGAUCCAGAGAAAGGCCAGCAGUAUGAUGGCAAAAACAUGGCACUGUUUGAGGAGGAGAUGGACACUAGUCCCAUGGUAUCGUCUCUGCUCAGUAGCCUUGCCAACUAUUCCAACCUGCCUCAGGGCAGCAAGGAACACGAGGAAGCUGAGAACAAUGAAGGAUCCCGCAAGAAGCCUGUACAGGCUCCACGGAUGGGCACACUGAUGGGAGUAUAUUUCCCCUGUCUACAAAAUAUUCUAGGUGUGAUCCUGUUCUUGAGGAUGACCUGGAUGGUGGGAAUUGGAGGAGUCAUCGAAGCAUUCGUCAUUGUCCUUAUGUGCUGCUCCACAACUAUGUUAACUGCAAUUUCCAUGAGUGCCAUCGCCACCAAUGGAGUAGUACCAGCCGGCGGAUCUUACUACAUGAUCUCACGUUCGCUUGGUCCUGAGUUUGGUGGCGCUGUGGGGAUCUGUUUCUACCUGGGGACCACCUUUGCAGGAGCCAUGUACAUUCUGGGAUGCAUUGAGAUCUUACUGAUCUACAUUGUGCCACAGGCAGCCAUCUUUAAGAUGGAGGAUUUAGAAGGCCCAGAAGCAGAGGCAGCCAUGUUGAAUAACAUGCGAGUGUAUGGCACCUUGGUGCUGACCUUCAUGGCUGUGGUGGUAUUUGUGGGUGUGAAGUAUGUCAAUAAGUUGGCACUGGUUUUCCUGGCCUGCGUUAUAUGCUCCAUCCUGGCAGUGUAUGCUGGAGUAAUCAAGACUGCCUUUGAGCCACCUGUGUUCCCGGUGUGUGUUCUGGGGAACCGGACUCUAGUGUGGAAAGGCUUUGAUGUAUGUGCUAAAGUGAUUGAGAAAGACAAUGUAACAGUCACUACCAAACUCUGGAGUCUCUUCUGUGACUCUGAGUUCCUCAAUGCCACCUGCGACAGCUACUUCACCAACAACAACGUGACAGAGAUACAGGGCAUUCCAGGCAUCACCAGUGGCAUUCUGAAAGAGAACUUGUUUGGGAACUAUAUGGAGAAGGGUGCUUAUCUGGAGAAGCGGGGCCUUUCUGCAGUGGAGGAGCCAGAUGCUCUGCCCACGAAUACUAAAAACUACGUGCUAUCUGACAUCACCACUUUUUUCACACUCCUGGUUGGCAUCUACUUCCCUUCAGUUACAGGAAUCAUGGCAGGUUCGAACCGCUCUGGUGAUCUGCGUGAUGCUCAGAAGUCCAUCCCCAUUGGUACCAUUCUGGCCAUCAGCACCACCUCCUUCAUCUACAUGUCCUGUGUUGUGCUGUUUGGCUCCUGCAUUGAGGGAGUAGUCCUGAGGGACAAAUUUGGUGAGGCAGUAAGAGGGAAUCUAGUGAUAGGAACAUUGGCGUGGCCGUCCCCCUGGGUCAUCGUCUUCGGCUCUUUCUUCUCCACUUGUGGGGCGGGGCUUCAGAGUUUGACCGGUGCACCACGUCUUCUGCAGGCCAUAGCGAGGGAUGGGAUAGUGCCGUUUCUUAGAGUAUUCGGUCACGGCAAAGCAAAUGGUGAACCAACCUGGGCUCUGCUCCUGACUGCCUGCAUCUGUGAGAGCGGAAUCCUUAUCGCUUCUCUGGACUCAGUUGCUCCAAUCCUCUCAAUGUUCUUCUUGAUGUGCUACAUGUUUGUGAACCUGGCCUGUGCUGUACAGACUUUGUUACGGACCCCCAACUGGAGACCUCGCUUCAAAUACUACCACUGGGCUCUGUCAUUCCUGGGCAUGAGCCUGUGUCUCUCGCUCAUGUUCAUCUGCUCUUGGUACUAUGCCAUUGUUGCCAUGGCAAUCGCCGGCUGUAUCUACAAGUAUAUCGAGUUCCGGGGGGCAGAGAAAGAGUGGGGUGAUGGGAUCCGGGGGCUGUCCCUGAGCGCAGCACGCUAUGCACUUAUGAGGCUGGAAGAGGGGCCACCACACACCAAGAACUGGAGGCCACAGAUCUUGGUGCUAGUCAGCGUGGAUGCAGAGCAGAAUGUUGAACAGCCUCGUCUACUGUCUCUGACCAGUCAGCUGAAAGCAGGGAAAGGACUCACCAUUGUUGGCACUGCACUAACCGGAACCUUCCUGGACGAUCACCCUCUUGCACAACAAGCCGAGCAGUCCCUGAAGAAGCUAAUGGAAACAGAGAAGGUGAAGGGCUUCUGCCAGGUGGUGGUUUCCUCCAACAUCCGCGAUGCCACCUCGCACCUCGUGCAGGUCAGUGGGCUCGGAGGCCUGCAGCACAACACCGUGCUCCUCAGCUGGCCACGCAACUGGAAGCAGGCUGAAGAUCAUCAGCUCUGGAGGAACUUCAUUGAGUUGGUCAGAGAAACCACAGCUGCAAGUAAAGCCCUGCUGGUGGCUAAGAAUAUCGCGGCUUUCCCAUCAAACGGUGAGCGCUUCACUGAGGGUUACAUCGAUGUGUGGUGGAUUGUUCAUGAUGGUGGCAUGCUCAUGCUACUGCCCUUCCUCCUGCGCCAGCACAAGGUGUGGAGGAAGUGCAAGAUGCGCAUCUUCACUGUGGCUCAGAUGGAUGAUAACUCUAUUCAGAUGAAGAAGGACUUAACUACAUUCCUGUACCACUUGCGUAUCGAUGCCCAGAUGGAAGUAGUGGAGAUGCAUGACAGCGACAUCUCAGCCUACACCUAUGAGAAGACCCUGAUGAUGGAACAGCGCUCUCAGAUCCUCAAGCAGAUCAAUCUCACCAAGACAGAGCGUGAGCGUGAGAUUCAAAGCAUCACUGAUCAUUCCCGUGGUUCAAUUCGUCGCAAGAACCCAGCAACAGUCAACACCCAUCUGAGUGUGACUGAGGAAGCAGCAUCCAGCAGCAAGGAGGAUAAACCAGAGGAAGAGGAGCAGCUCAUCCACGAUAAGAGCACCAACCCGCCAACACCCGCCACCCCACAGUCCCCUGCCACUGAGGUCGUGACUCCCAGCACAGCUGUCCAGAUGACCUGGACCGAGGCCAAAUGUGAUGGAGAGCAGCCCAAACCUCCAGGAGCCAGCACACCUGGGGCCAUCAAAGACCUUUUCAGUAUGAAACCAGAGUGGGAGAAUCUAAACCAGUCCAACGUCAGACGCAUGCACACUGCUCUCAGACUCAAUGGUGAAAUCGUGAAGAAAUCUGGUGAGGCCAAAUUGGUCCUGCUCAACAUGCCUGGACCACCUAAGAACAGAACUGGAGAUGAGAACUAUAUGGAAUUCCUUGAGGUUCUCACCGAGGGUCUCAAUCGCGUCCUCCUUGUGCGUGGUGGAGGUCGUGAGGUCAUCACCAUAUAUUCUUGAAAGAACAGCUUGCAUCAACCCACAAAACCCACCCCCAGCCUCACCCCCGCCAAAUGUCUCAUUCACAUAGCCAACCCCAAAACAUUCCCUUACCACACCCAAGCAAUAUCCCAGAAUUCCCUGAGCUUAUCUGACCCCAACCCUAAAAUGGAGCUCUUAUUGCUCUUUCUCCCUCAUUAAGGCCCUUUUUACUCAUUUUCCAUGCAGUUCUCUCACUGGCCACCGCAUGUUCUUGGCCUACUCGCAUUCUUUGUUGUCUGUGAUCCGAUGAUCUAUGAUUUGCCCUGCCGAGUUCAGUGCCACAUAUGAUACGAGGAAAAACUAUUGAUGUCAGUACGUUUUCUGCUGCAUUCCUGACGUUUUCUCCAAUCCCUACUUUUCCCAUCCAAUCAGGAGACGUUUGAAAGUUGCAGAAAUAGAAAGGUUUUAGGAGCGAUCUGCUUCCUUUAAGGCUUUGAUUUGUACUUUUUUUUUUUUAGAUUUUAUUAUUUAUUUAUUUAAAAAAAAUCCAAACUUGCCAGGAAGACAACAGAAGCCAGACAAGCUGAGGAUCUGCCAGUCGUUACAUCACUGUGAUGAAGCGAUGAAUUUUGUGAUGGACCCGGACCGAGGAGCUGACAGAGAUGGUGGCACGGCGCUAUUUUUGCCACGUUGUGGGCUGAUUUCCCAGAAGUCAUGUGUCAUGAGAAGGACUGACAGUCAUGGAAGGAGACUCUCACGCUGUGGAGUUUCGGUUUGAUGUGGCCACAUUCACCACCCACCUAGUGUGCUAGGAGAAAUUCAAGGUGGAAACACUUUAUCUCCCAGACUGCACUGGAAAAAACAUACAACUGUGCUCUGUUUUCUUGGCACAGUUCUGUCAUUUUUUAAAAUUUGUGUUUAUUUUGUGUCUAAUUGUUAUCCUCUGUGUAUGCCCUGACAUUUUCACUUCUCCUGGUUGGAUGUGAAUAGCUAUUCCCUGCCAAACACUAUAUGUGCCAAAACAAUAGUGGGAAGAUCUGUGAUUUGCUGUCUUAAUAUGACAGAACAUGAAAAAACAAAUAGGACUUAUCUGUAUUAUCUGAGUGUUAUAAGUGAGAGGAAACAUGUAACAAACAAAAUGUUAGAGGAGGAGGAGGAAGUCUACACAGUAUAAAAUCUCUGAGGUAUUGAGGAAUAUCAGUUCUCUGGGAUUCACUGAUGAUGGAGUCACAGGGUUGACUCUAAGAGUCUUCAGGAUGACUUUAGGCUUUUCACUGUGGCAUUGGGAAGUGUACCGUACUGUACUGUAGCCCCCUUCACGAGCACUCAACCUGCACUGGCAGCCACUGUGUAACAAGUGAUUUAAUGAGUCUGUGGAUUCAUUAAGUGUGUGUGUGUGUCUGUGUAUAUAUAUAUAUAUAUAUAUAUAUAUAUAUAUAUAUAUAUAUAUAUAUAUAUAUAAACAUGUGUGUGCAUGUUUGUAUGAUCCAUCUUUGGGAACUUGAAGAAUUUUUUUCGCUUUUUACAAACAUGAAAACAUGUUUGUUACAUUUACAGAAAGAUCUAUAUAAAGUAUCUUUACCACUACUAUAUAUAUUCUAUAUUGGACCACACCAAAAUAUCUUUGUAAAAAAAAAUCCUAGAACUAUAUGAUACAGAUGAUUGUGCCAUAUAACUGACAAUACAUAUCAGUUUAAAUACUAUUAGUUCGAGCUAACUUGAAUAUACAUUGGAAAAAGUAAAAACCAUCAUUAGACAGAAAGGAAACAUAUUGUCCAGAAACUCCACGCAGUGAGAAUGCAGUGGCAAUCGUAUGCAAAUCGUAUAUGAGCUGUGGUCUAGUGAGAAUAGCUGAAGGAGAUUCAGCUAUUAAAAAGUUUUAAAUGAAAUGAAUGUUAGAAAUGAAGACGAUCUGAAAGUGCAUAAAGAACUGGUUGUGCAAUAGCUGAAACUGGGAAAGUCAUAUUAUCAUUGCAUUAUUUAUUUUUGUAUGCAGAUACUUUUAUAUAUGUGGGUUUUAUUUUGGGGCGUUUUCACGUAAAAAGCAGCCAGAGUUGAAAUAUGUUUUUUUGUUUCUGCUCAGAUAAAAACUGUUAUUGUUGCUUGCACUUCAGUUAUUAAGAUACAUAUGUAUAUAUACAUACAUAAAUAAACAAAGAUCAGCCAUAACAUUAAAACCACCUGCCUAAUAUUGUAUGUAUGCUGCCAGUACAGCUCUGACCUGUCAAGUCAUGAACUCCACAAGACCUCUGAAGGUUGUGAGUUGGGGCCUUGCAUAGAUCAGACAUGUUUGUCCAGCACAUUCCUCAGAUGCAUGAUCUUUCUGAAAUCUGGGGAAUUUGAAGGCCAUAUCAACACCUUGUACCCUUUGUCUUGCUCCUCAAACAAUUUGUACUUCUUUGGACCAGACUUGCCAUAUUGGACUCUGACCCAGUUGUCUAACCAUUACAAUGUGGCUCUUGUCAAAGUCACUCAAAUCCUUUGCCCAUUUUUCCUGCAUCCAACAAAUCAACUUUAAGAACCGACUGCACACUUCAUUCUUGCUGCCCAAUAUAUCCCAUUUCUUGGCAGGUGCUAUUGUGAUGAGAUAUGUUAUAUCACUGCAUGUGUCAGUGGUUUUAAUGUUGUAGCUGAUCAGAUUAUAUGUAUAUUGUAUGUAAUAUAUAGCAAGUGAAACAAGCGAACAGUUUUUAUCAUCACUUGCACUUAUAGGAUAUAUAUAUAUAUAUACAUGCAGAAAAUGUCCCAUAUAUUGUGAAUGCUGCUAGUGUACGAAGACAUGUAUUGUGUGUAUAUACAUAGAACUAAAGUAUUUACAGAUAUAAGAAAUAUUACACUAUAGUAGUGAGGAGGGGCAGACAUACAAAAAUACAUAUCAGUGCUGGUGAUUGUUGUAUUUAAAACAUUUCAGUUCAGUGGGAUUUCCGACCUAGCACCAGUCAGCUUUUCUGUGUGAAUCUAAAAGCAGAGUUUAUCUCAAACUUUAUGAUGCCAUGUAAUAUUAAACCAUGCAGCAAAAGCAUAUAAGAAUAUGGCUGCUUUCUAGUCUAACAUGAAUGGAAGUAUUCACUCUGAGCCACCGCAUGUACUCUUAUUUGCUUUCAGUAUGACCCACACACCAUAUAUAUGAGUAUGAGUAAAUCUUAGCUCAAGUGUUGCCUGCGUAGUCUGAGCCUAGCCUUUCAACACGUUUCCCGCAAAAGAUCAUGAGCUAUUUGAAAAGCUCAUUUUAACUGAUGAGUUCAUCCUGAUCAUUUUCUUUUUAAUGCUGUUUGCAUGGUUCAAGUAUGAAUAUUUGUUUCUGUGGUUUAUAUUGUGUAUUCUAUGAAAGGAGAAAAGUGAGAGGGAUCUGUUAGAACCCAUGUUGCUAAUGGCUGUGUUGCCAAUCAUUUAGCAGUGCUCGAAGGUAGCAUGCCGGAGUGACCAUGGUCGAGUGACUAUGAUCAUGGUUGGCUGUAGCUUCGGGAGCAUAAUACUGUACUGUUGUGUUUUGAUAUUUCUGUAUUUAGAUUAGAAGGAGACUUGGAGUGUGGUAUGAAUGUUGUCCUUUUUGACCUUGUGCAUUACUGCUCUUCUAAACUAGUCAUUUUGUUGUAAUGUGAGAUUUUUAGUACAAAGCAGUGGUUAAAGAUCCAUACACUUCUUCUCAAAGGUUAUGUGCAAUACUGUUUCUCUUGGGGGUUGAUGUUUGUAUGUGUGUCUGCUUUAUUCGUGGUCCUGUAGGCCAUGGUGUUCAUCAGCGCUCUUUGUGUGCUAGAGGAUUUUACGUCACAUCUGUUCUAUGGUGGCUGAGACAGAAAUGCACUUUAUACAGGGUUGACGUUCUUUCCAGCGAUGAUGACGAUGUCAUUUGGGGCACUUUUGCUGUCUGAGCCCGCUGGAUCCUUUCAGAGUUUUCAGCUUCCUCUAGUGGCAACAGAGUGUGUAGUGCAGUCAUGAGGAAGCGGCAGUUGCAGAACGGACCGAAUACGUUCUCUGUAAGUUACAUACUACCUGAUCAAGACGGUUUUCACUCUGCUGCAUGAACCUAGGUGUAUAUUUAUUUUUGCACUUAUAGUGGAUCAAUAAAUCUUUUGUUUUGAUUCUUCACAGUAUAAGACACGUUCAAAAUAUAUUUCUUACGCAGAAUCAAUGCAGUGACUCCCUCCCAUGCUUCACCUGCUGCCAUACCCAACACUCUCCCAAUCACACACACACUCUCUCUCUCUCUCUCUCUCUCUCACCGCACAUCACCUAGCACUGUAUUAAAAUGUGAUCGCAGUAGACAUAUGAUUAUCGAUCAAAGACUAUAAACAAGCGCUUCCACUACUGGGUCUGGCUCUGUUAAAAUGAACAGUUCUCCUUCUCCACCUGUAAUUUUAGAGAGGAAACUUGCUAAUAUGUAAGCAAGUGAUGAAUCAAACAUUCCAUGAGUGGUUCGGAGAACAAACACUGUUCUUCACAGAGAGCUUUUAAGAGAUAUGAUUUUGUCAUCUUAGAAAAUAUAAAGGGCUCCAGAUAACAAUCCAUAUUUGGUUUCGAAGUGUGACAACGAUCCGACAUUUCCACAGCUUGCUUUUUGUUAAGCUAUCAGCCAGUAACAGCACUUGGAGAUAUCGAGGUGGAAAAUGCAUCAAGGUUUCAUCAAAGUAACAUGAAACAUCAGUCAGAGAAGGUCUAAAUGAUUUGUGUCUUAUGAAAUCUAAGACACUUACUUAUCAGGAACAUCUUAAUGAGAAAGAAAAAAGAUAUUUGUGACCACGGCAUCUGUGUCGUGAUCUAUUCCAACUCUCCAGCAUAUAUUUAACCUGACCCUUGAUUCUAAAGAAAAGCAGUCCACUAAGUUAAACUUAUUAAAUUUUACUGCUAUAGAUGUUGUGAUGUCCAGUCAAGCUAUUCUAACAGAGCCAGAGCCCAGGUUCUUUGUCUUACUCAACGCAUGCACAUUAUCCUGAACAAGUUGAUAUAACUCAAUAUAUAUUUAAAUGUUUUGUGGUUCUCAGUAUUACAUUCACUCCGUUUAUUUUGAUUUGUUUAAUUGCCUAUCUGUUAUUUUUACAAGUUGCAUGGUGUAACAUAUUGUAUACAAAUGCUUUAUUUGGGUAUCAGUAGGCUAUGUAAAGUGAAUGAGUGUAUCGGUUGUAAACCUGAGUCUAUUUUUAUUAUAGUUUCAAUAUAGUUAUAGUUAUUUUACUUUAUUACUAUGAAUACAGAGAUAACUUAUCAGCAGAAAAAAAAAUGAAUUACCAAAGUAUAUAAGUUAACUUAGACAUAUAUCUAUAAAAGUAUAAAUAUAUAUAUAUAUAUUUUGUUUUGAAUUAAAAAAGAAGCUUGAUGGUCCAAUUAAGCCAGAGGUCACACUGACUUAAUUCUACACAUUUCUACUUAUGCCUUAAACUGAAACACCAAUUGGCAGCUAUACAUGAACUGAGCCCCAAAAUACACAUAUGGUGUGUGAUGUGUAUGAUUGCACUGCUGUGAGAUCAGCUUGGAAAUGUAGAAAUGUGAGGUCAAAUGUUAGGCCUGAGGCACUUUUUAAACUCGUUCAGACACCUAUUCACUGUAAACAUCUAAUAUCUAAUGAUCCAGAACUAGAUCUGUUAAUGCUGGUCCAGAUACUAAUCCUCAUUCAGGGUAACCAACCACUAACCAAGUUUAAAAGUAGUACAGCAAACAUGCAAAUUAUUUCAGCUCUCUAUAUGGCUAUGUGAAAUAUCUGUUUGAUUACUAAAGGGUUUUUUUUUGUUUUUUAUUUAAGUAGUUUGGCCAGGCCUAUGCCUUUCGACACAAUUGGUUAAGACAAGUGUGCAAAGAGGGUAAAACAGGACCCCAUAACAUGAGAAGACAGGGUUCUUCAAGCUUGUUUUUUAAUUCAUGAAUGGUGUGCAAACCAUUUUGUGUAAAUGUUUGGAAGAGAAUGGACAUAGGAAAAAAAAAAAUACACGAGUAUGUAGAUGUUUUACAGAACUUUUUCCCUUGGUAAAAAUGAUGACAAACUGUGUUCCACUGUUUCUCAUGUAUGUACGCAUGUGUUCAGAUAUAUACAUCUGCACUAAAAGCAUUACGGACCAUGGGCCAGGGUGGAAAGGGGUUCUGUACAUAAAGAUAUGAUUAGUGUUGAAGUGUUUAUUUUUUGUGUAAGUGUAACUUCAAUAUUUUAAAGAAAUAAAUAUUAUAUAUUGUGUUUCUUGGUACAAAAGAAAAAAAAACAACGCAAAUGUAGUUUUACAUUUCAAAUGCUUUAUCUCUAUGGCUUCUGGCAGUUUUCCCAUUCCAUUUUAUAGAUUCGUCAGCACAAAAUGCAAUAAACGAAUACCAUUUUAUUA